UUACCGCCGUUAUUCAAUGAUAAUUUGAGAACUCGAGAAAAUGCAUCACACAUUUGGGAGCGUGAAAGGAGACUCUUUGUGUCCACUUGGUUUUCAUCCACAUGUACGAUGGCCAACACGCUGCAAAAGAUGCCUCAGGGACUACAAAGACCACUCAGGAAAAAGAACAAGUUUAAAAACAGACACAACAUCAUCAACACCAAGUUUGUCACGCUGGGAACCAUCCUCAAAUAGAUCUAGUGAAAGUCCCGAGUCUAGAAGGACUUGGGCAUCGACAUCGAAUCUAGUGAAGGAUGAGAACCUGUCGAAGCCAUCCAGCACAACAUCAUCAGUGUCUGCAGAAUGGAAUUCAGCGAUGGAUCUUCCCAGUCUGGUCGAGUCUUCGAAUUCCACCUGGGAAUCUGAUAAGCCGUCAUCAAGGCCCAAAAGCUUCACAUCGCCCAAGGUUGACAGUUACACAUUUAGGAGGCACUCUAUCGAUGAAACGGCGUUGCAGAAUGAUCGCCAGCCAGCAAAGCUCCAGAUCAAGCAGGUCAUUGAUAAGACUUGUAAUAAUUCUGAAAACGAUGUUGAAUUUAUUAUUCAGGUGAGAAAAGCGGACUAUAAAAAAGACGUAGAGAAAAAAAAAGAUAAUAAUAAUCGUGAAAUAAAUGAAUUGGAAAGUCUUAAGGCUCAGCUGAGUGAUAUGAAGGCGCGCUGCGAGAGGGUUGAAAGGGAAAAAAGCGAAAUACUUUUACGAAGACUUGCAACUAUGGAUUCAGUAUCUGCUAAAACGCCUAAGAGUAGUGAAAUGUCGAGGCUGCAAAAAUCACUUAAAGAAUUGCAAUCCAAGAACGAAGCCUUGAACGAGGAAAAGAUGACUCUCCUUGCACGGUUGAAAAAUCUUGAAAAAGAUACUGACUCGAAAGGCGGGAAGAGCGAGCGAGAAAAGGCCGUUGAGGAGCUCAAGUCGAAGCUCAAGGCCGCAGAAACUCUUUGCGAGUCUCUUAUGGAUGAGAAUGAGGACAUGAAGAAAGAAAUACGGGAAUUGGAAGAGGAAAUUUAUGAGAUGCAGGAUAACUUUAGGGAGGAGCAAGCUGAUGAGUACACCGGAUUGAGGAAGGAUCUCGAUCAGGCGAACAAAAACUGCCGAAUUCUUUCCUUUAAAUUACGAAAGAUGGAACGAAAGACUGAACAGUUAGAGUCUGAAAAAAGUGAAUUAGAAAACAAACACGAAGAGAUAAAAAAAGUUGAAGAAGUCUUAAAAAAACUGGGAACUGAGUAUAAAACUCGUGGUUCCAAAUUCAAUGACCAUCCAUCUAAAGUACAGUUAAGAAAGAUGUUAGAGGAUGUAGAAAAAGAACUCGGUGAAGUAUACACUGUUUUUGGGGACAUUAUUAAUCUUUGUAUUGAUUCGCCCGCCGCUAGGGGGCAAGACAGUUCGCUUAAGUUCGACAAACUUGCCAAAGAAAACGAAUUGCUUCAGCAGAAAUUGGACAAUGCGAUGCGCGAUUUGGCAAAAGAAAAAGAAUCCAAUAAAUCGGAUAUCAAAAGCGACCCGCAAAAUUUGAAAAAAAAAUUAAAUGAAGCUACGGCCGCCAGAGAGUCAGAUCGCAAAAUUUGGGAAUCAGAAAAAUCAAAAUUACAAGAAGAAAAAGAGAAAUUAAAGUCAAAAUUACUAUCACUGUCUGCUGAAAAGCUUAAGGUUUAUAAUGAAGUUUUACAGUUGAAAAAGGAUUUAGAAACAGCAACGUCAUCGGAGAAAAAUAACGCUAAGAUGGAAGUAACUGUAAAUGAAUUAAGAAAAGAAUUAAAUGCCGAGAGAGAACGAUGUAAGAAGUUACAAGACGAUUUAACAAUGUCCACUGAAAAAGAAAGUAGAAUGUUAAAGAAUGCUGCCAAAUUGGAGCAAUCAAAGUCAUUAGUAGAAAGUGAAUUAAAGAAAUUGAAAACGGAAUUUGAGGGCAUUAAGUCAUCAACUUCAAUGAAAGUGGCCAAAGCGACCGCUGAACUAGCGGAAGUUAAAAAAGAAAGAGAUAAAUUGAAGGCUCAGAUUGAAGAAGAUAGACUGGCCAAAGAUACAGAACUCAGCAAUUUGAAGAAAAAAUUGGCGACUUUAGAGAAAGCAGGAGCUAGUGCCAAAAAAAUGGCGGAUCUUAAGCAAACUUACACUGAAAAAAUUACAAUCUUAGAAGAAGAGAUAAAAAAAGGUCAGGAGUUGUUUGACGGUCUGCAUACAAAACAUGCAGCUUUGCAGGAUUCUAAACGACAGUUGGAGAAUCAAGUUGAGAUUUUAAAUAGUCAUAUAGGAGAUUAUAAAAAUCAAUUAGAAAAUACGGAAGAACGUGUCCGAUAUCUUGAAGAAGCUAAUCGGCUUAAAGAAAUUACUUGGAAAAAAGAAAAAUCACGAUUGGAGGAAAUGCUGAAAGAACGUGAGAGAUCCUCGACGGUUAAUGGACAAUUAGAAGAAUCUAAGGAAGAAAUCAGUCGUAUUGUUAAAGAAAAUGAAUCAUUGAGAAUUCAAUUAGAAGAUAUGAGAAAAAUGAACGAUGACUUGACAAGUAAAUUAAACGAUUACAAUGCUGUGAAUAAGUUCCAACGAAAUUUAUCAGCCGACACUUCGGCGUUGGACAACGAGUUACGAAAGACCAAGAGUUUGCUCGCCGACGCGGAGAAGGCGAGAAAGACGGAUCUUGCUCAGUGUAAAAUGCGUUAUGAGCAGAGAAUAAAGGCAAUAAAUGAUGAAAUACAGUCAAUUCAAAAUCAAUUGUCGCGUUAUAAACGCGAGAGAGACACUUAUAAGCAUAUGAUGGAGGGCGCCCAGAAGACUAUUGCCGAGCUCAAGGCGACUCGUCAACGAAGACCCUCAACUACAUCAACUGGAAAAUCAGAUGAGGAUGAAGAGUCCACCGGUACAAACGUUUCUACACUGGAGCAGCAGAUCAGUAUGAUGGAAGAUGAGCUAUCAGAAAGUAAAUUGGAAGCUUCUAAACUCAAGACUGAAUUAGUGUCUGAACGAUCCGGCUGGCAGAUUAAAUUGUCUGAAAUGCAGUCAAGAAUAAAUGAGCUGGAGGAGGAGCGGAUUUUAGCAAGCGGUCGAACUAAAAUUCCAGGUUUAAAGGCACGUAUUGAGCUUGCCUGGCAGAAAGAAAGAGAAGAACAGCAGAGGCUAUUACAAGAGACCGCAACGCUUGCUAGGGAUUUACGCCAGACAUUGUACGAGGUCGAGCGGGAGCGUGACAAGGAGCGUCUGGAGAACAAGCGUCGCCAGGACCAGAUGAAGAAGAUAUUCGAUGAGGAGAAGGAGGAGAAUAAGAAGAAAUUGAUCGAAUUGCAAUGUGACCUUCUGGAGUUAAGAGAUGCCCACGCGAAGCUGAGGACAAGUAACGAGAAAAUGAGACGCGAAAAGGAGAGACACGAGAAAGAAAGAGAGGAAUUUAAGGACUUGAUUAUGAGUAAAAGACGUAUGGAGCAAAUAGAGGCCAGAAAUAUUAAUAUUUUGCUGAGCCAGGUCGAUGAUUUGAUGAAGUUAUUCCCAGAGUUGAGUAACAAGAUUGAUUCUUCCGGUAAAACUCCAGAUAAUUAUACUCCGACGCCUCCGAGAAGAACCAAGGGACCAAAGUCACGUGAAUCUUCGCCCAUGCUAGAGUCUAGGGAAGAUAUAAAAGCGACAAUCAACUUGAGUGGAAAGACAGAAAAACUUGAGUACACGAUUAGUAAAUUAAUGGAAGUAGCCAAAGAAUUACAAGAAUCAAAGAAGGUAUUGGCUAGAAGUGAUGUUUCAUCGAAGAAAAAACUUACAAAGAGGUCUAGCUCUAUUGAUGAUGACAGUGGACGAGGCUCUUCGACGUCGGCCCGCUCCAAACCGAGUCUCAAGCGUAAGAGUUUAUCUUUAGAACAGACCACUGGAAAGAACGAUCAAUCGAUUUGGGGAACUGAUAGCAAUGUUUCGAGCAUACAGUCAUUAGACUCUGAAGUUGAUACAAGACAUUUCAGUCUUCAAAGAGAUUCUAGUGUAGACAGCCGGCUGUCUGGAGGCUCGACGAAGAGUGAAAUGAUUCAGCGGGAUAAGAAGUAUAAUAAAAAUCUUAUGAGAAAAAUAACGAGUAAAUUAACAAAGUCUGCGAGUGUUGACGAUCCUAAUAGUUCUUUUGAUUUUUCUAUACAGACUUCGGGAUCAGAAGCAAGUAUAGAUGAGACUAAAGUAGAGAAGAAAAAUUUAAAGAAAAAAUUAAGUGCCAUGUUUAAGCGCAGUUCUUCCAAAAGCAACGGACUGGAUAAAAAAUCCAGUUCGGAGGACACGAGCAGGCCUGCUUCGAGAGCGUCCAAUGUAUCAAAGAGAUGAAGAGAUAUCGUAAAUGCAUAUGACGAAAAACUAAACUGAAUCCCGGAUAUUCAGCGUAGGCAUUUACCUUGCAGCUGGCUAUUAUUACGGAUGCCUUUGUAUAUUAUCUGCACUUUUACUUGUUACAAGUAGCCAAAAAAAGUGGUUCCGUUGUUAUUAUUCUUAUUGUAAUAAUAAAAAGUCCAAAAAAAAACUUACCGAUGAUCGAAAGAUAAUUGAAAGUGAAAUGUAGACUCGGUAAUUGCUGUCACACGCACAUAUAUUUAUAAAUACAGCUCUUUUAAAAUCUUUGAUGCAUCUUUCAUUACUUUCCCAGUAGUUUUAUGAGAAUUGUGACAAGGACAUGAAACGAUGAGGAAUCAUUGUGGUUUUAUUUAUAAAAAUAACACAUGUAUCAAGUGCGUGUGAAUCCAGGUGACUAACUCAACACUUUAAGGUCUACUAAAAUAAUUGGAAUACUAAGUAAAUUAUUUGAAUAAAUAAAUAAAUAAAA